CACUGGAAAAUCGAUGACCUAAAUUCCAUCCAUAUAGCGAGCGAGCGAGCGAGAGAGAGAGAGAGAGGAAAAAGAAAAAUCCCAAUCCCCGCCGCCGCGAGAUCGCCGGGCGCCGCCAUGUCUACUCCAGCCGCCGCCUACUUCGCCGCCGCCGCGCGCAAGCAGUACUUCUGCUACCAAUGCAACCGCACCGUCCUCAUCGCGGCCUCCGCCGCCGCCGCCGGGGAGCUCUCCUGCCCCGACUGCCACGGCGACUUCCUCGAGGAGGUCACCGUCCCGGCCCCCACCUUCAUCCCGCUCCCCUUCCCCUUCCCCUUCGCCUCCACCACGAUCCCCGCCGCCAGCACCGCCCCAGCCCCAGCCGCCGGCUCCGGCGGGUCCCCUUCCCUCUCGUCCUCGUCCUCCUCCGCCGCAACCUCCCCGUCCCAGCCCAACGACAUCUCCUCCAUCCUCAACACCUUCCUCGGACUCGGCGAGCAAUCCGGCAGGGUCGGCGGUGGCGUGCGCUCCGCCGCCGGCACGGCGACCCCCGAGAACGAGGCCGAGCCCUUCGACCCGGUCAUGUUCUUCCAGAAUUACCUCCAUAGCCUCAUGGAGGGAGGGGCCAACAUCCAGGUCCUCCUCGACGACGCCAGCCUCAGCCUCGGCCCGGGCCUCGGCCGCGCCGGCGGGGCAAGCUUCGGGGACUACUUCGUUGGCCCGGGCCUUGAGCAACUCAUCGAGCAGCUCGCCGAGAACGACCCUAACCGCUAUGGCACACCGCCGGCUGCCAAGUCGGCCCUAUCCGCUCUCCCCGAUGUCGUCGUGACUCACGCAAUGGUUGCCGCGGCGGAGGGUGCUGAGUGUGCGGUGUGCAAGGAUGAUUUCUCUCCUGGGGAGGUGGCUAAGCAGAUGCCCUGCAAGCACAUCUACCACGCCGACUGCAUCGUGCCCUGGCUGGAGCUUCACAACUCGUGCCCUAUCUGUCGUUUUGAGCUCCCCACUGAUGAUCCAGAUUAUGAGGGGCGGAAGGCCUCUAAUCCGCAGCCGCCGCCUGUUGGAAUUGCUGCGGUUGCGUCUGGGAGCUCUACUGCUGCUGAUGAAGGGAUGGAGGAGAGGGAGGAGAAUGCUAGGGUGGUUGAGAGGAGGUUCAAUGUGUCGCUGCCGUGGCCGUUCAGUGGAUUGGGAGGGCAAACAUCACAGCAGGAAGGGAACAAUGGGGGCAGUGGUAGCAACUCUCAGGGCAGUGGAUCGCAAGAUGGAGGCGCGCCCAGCAGCAAGAAUUGAGCACAAAUCAACCUGGAGGUUCACCUCUUGGUGAUCCAUUCAAAAGUCUGCAGUGUUGCCGUGACUAUACCCACAGACAUGAAAGAACCAAACGAAUUUACAGUCUGUUUGCUAUGGAA